AUGUCAGCAUUUCAGCCUAUUCGUUAUUGGAAACACCCGUGUAUUCCAGGCAGCUUCACAGCAAGCCGCAUCAGCGCAGGUUCAACCUUUGCGCGCACAUUCACGACUACACGGCCUCGAAUACCCUGGAGAAACAUCCACCAAUCCGCUCAAAAGCGUACAUAUCAAAGGCCGUUUCAAUACCAGCGAUUCCAGCAGAGAGGCCCGGGUAUUUUUCGUCGAUGGGCUGCUCGGCCAACCUUCUACUACGAAGUUGGCGGCAUCGCGGCCGCAGGAACCGGAGUCUACAUCUACAACCUCGACACCGUUCCCGUCUCCGGACGUCGACGCUUCAACGUCGUCCCCGCGGACUGGGAGGCCGAGAUGGGCCUUCAGCUCUAUGAAGGCACCCUCCGCCAGUUCGAAGGGCAAAUCCUCUCGCGCCAUCGCCCCGAACAUCGCCUGGUCAAACGCGUCCUCGACCGUCUGAUCCCCCACUCCGGCCUCGCCGCCGACGGCCCCACCGCCUGGGAAGUUCACGUCAUCGACGACCCGCGCCAACUCAACGCCUUCGUGAUCCCGGGCAACAAGGUCUUCGUGUUCACGGGGAUUCUGGGGAUCUGCGAGACGGAAGACGGGCUCGCCGCCGUGCUCGGCCACGAAAUCGCCCACAACGUCGCCCACCACUCCGCUGAGCGCAUCUCUCAACUCGUCCUGCUCGCGCCCUUCUUCAUCCCGCUCUGGAUCGGCCUGACGGGCGCCCUCGGCUACGACUUCGGAAUCACCCGCUUCAUCCUGAACUACGCCUUCCAGCUGCCCGGCUCCCGCGCCGCCGAGGCCGAGGCCGAUUACAUCGGGCUCCUGAUGAUGGCCUCCAGCUGCUAUAACCCCGCCGCCGCGCUGCGGCUGUGGCAGCGGAUGGAGAUGGCGGAGCGGGAGCGCGGAGGAGGGGCCCCGCCGGAGUUCCUCAGCACGCAUCCCAGUAACCAUAAUCGUAUUGAUAAGAUUCGCGAGUGGAUGGCGGAGGCGGAGGGGAAGCGUGAUGAGAAUAACUGCGGGAUGAUGGGGAGUUAUGGCUUUACUUUAUAA